AUGGAUCCAACUAUCCCAGCCCUCGGGACUGAUCUCACAACAUUGAAUGGAAGUGAUGAUACUCUUCUCACUUGUAAUGUGGAGACCCUGACACCACGCUUGCUGAUCUUCAUCAUUGCCCUUGGUGGGCUGGCAGGAAACAUGGUUGUGCUCUGGUUCCUGGGCUUCUACAUGCGGAAGAACGCCUUUUCUGUCUACAUCCUCAACCUGGCUGGGGCUGACUUCCUCUUCCUCUGCUGCCAUGUUACAGAUUCCCUGAAGGAAUUUAUUGACUUUUUACAUUCUAGUUCCAUCUUCAUCCCCUACUUCUUCAACACUGUGUCAUCCUUUGCCUACAUUGCAAGCAUGAGCAUUCUCAGCAUCAUAAGCACCGAGCGCUGCCUGUCUGUCCUAUGCCCCAUCUGGUACCGCUGCCACCACCCAAGGCACACAUCAGCUGUCAUGUGUGCCCUGCUCUGGACCCUGUCCCUGCUGCUGAGCAUCCUGGAGGGGAACUACUGUGGCUUCCUGUUUACGGACUUUAAGCAUGGUUGGUGUCAGGCAUUUGAUUUCAUCACUGCUGCAUGGCUGAUAUUUUUAUUUGUGGUCUUCUCUGGGUCCAGCCUGGCCCUGCUGAGCAGAAUCCUCUAUAGCUCCCGGAAGAUGCAGCUGACUAGGCUCUAUGUGACCACCGUGCUCACAGUGUUGGUCUUCCUUCUCUGUGGUCUGCUCUACGGCAUCAGUUGGUUCCUAUUAAUCUGGACUCACAAUUAUCUUGAUAUGUUCCUUUGUUAUCUUUAUUUGGUUGGAGUUUUCCUGUCCUGUGUUAACAGCAGUGCUAACCCCAUCAUUUACUUCUUUGUUGGCUCCUUUAGACAGCGGGGGAACCGGCAGCAGUUGCCACAGACCAUCAGGGUGGUUCUCCAGAAAGCCCUGCAGGACACUCCUGAGGUAGAUGAACCUGGAGGAAGCCUUACUCAAGAAAUCAUCGAGAUGUCAGGGAGCAGUGUGGUGUAGUGCUUGAGAGGUUCUGCUUUUUCAGACAGAUUUGGCUUCGGAAACAACUUUGCCCCUAUCAC